AUGAAGUUCCAAUAACUUUGGUGUUAAAGUGGUCCAAACAAUCUGAAAAACAGCAAACAUAUCUACAGAAAUCUCUACAAACUUGGUUCAACAAAAACAGAAACAAAGACUUAACCUGUGCAGUAAACAAAAUCCUUGAAAGCAAGAAUGCUCUGAUAAAGAUUUCACCCCCUCCAGGUUUGGAUAUUGUUCAGAAAUUAUCUGGUGAAAUUCUGACUCUUAAAGACGGUUCUACAGUCACUGUAGAGUCAGUCAUUCUGGACUCAUCAAAGCUGAAGACUCAGACAGCAGAUGAUGCUUCCACCACUUCUACUGCAUCUACAUCUGAUAUAUUAUCAAACAGAUGGACUUCUGUCCAAACCAGUCAGAGAGACAAAGUUUAUCACAGAGCUGCAACAUCUUCAGAUUUCAGCAAAGGAACUAAAGAAAACAUGUGGACAAACAGAGAAGCAGCUAAAGCGGAUCACAUUCCAGCAUUUUCUCUGUCUAACACUGAACUCUCUCAUAAAACAGCAAAAGCUGAAGCACCAAUAACCUUGGUGUUAAAGUGGUCCAAUCAACCUAGAAAACCAAGAACAUAUCUAGAGAAAUCUCUACAAUCUUGGUUCAACAAAAGAGAAAAAAGCUUAAACUGUUCAGUGGUCAGAAUCCUUGAAGACAAGAAUGCUCUGUUGAAGAUUGAACCCGUUCCAGUUGCAGAGAUUGUUCUGAAAUUAUCUGGUGAAAAAUUGACUCUUCAAGACGGUACAGCAGUCACUGUGGAGUCAGUCAUUCUAGACUCACUAAAGAUGAAGACUCAGACAGCAGAUGAUGCUUCCAGGACUUCUACUUCAUCUACAUCUGAUAACAAAGGACAGGUGAGCGGUCAGAGUGAUCAAGCUUCUGUCACAAAACAAACUUCUUGUUAUGAUAAAAAUAGGUCUGAAGAUGGAGUUGGUCCUGACACUAUUUCAAGACAGAAGAGAAGCCAGAAUGACCCGGAUUCUGCAGAAGAAAUCUCUCCUGAAAAGCAAAUAAGACAGAAUCAGGAAGAUUCUGCUUCUCUCCCGGUGAAUCUCUUCUGGUAUCUGAGCAGACUCUACAAGGAUGAAAUCAAGAGCAUAGAAGAAGAGAAUGGAUGUGAAAUGGAUGCAGCUGUUAAAGUCACAUUUAAAGGUGGAAGUCAGGACAAAGCUCUCUCUGAAUUUGCAAACCUCGUCCAGAAAUGCUUUAAUGAAUCCAGAGAGUCAGUUGUUCCUGUCCAGGAUGUAAGUCCAGAACGGUGCAGUGAGGUGUUCAAGCUCAUCCAGAAAGAAGAGAAAAAAGCUCUGCUCACUCUGACUCCUAAAGAAAUAACUGUAUGUGGACCAGACAGCGACCAGUUAAAGAGAGUUCUUGAAAGAAAUGAAAAACCUGAACUGCUGCAUGACGACACCCCCAUGAAGAUAAAAAUGACCAUCAAAGAUCCUCUCAGUGAUGCAGGAAUAACGAUGGAGGAGAGUUCCUGGAGGAAAUUAAAUGUUGGUCAUUAUGACAAAAUAAGAAAGAUUAAAGAAAAGUUUGAUGUGGACUUUAGAGAGUUCAGGAUGGAUGGAGGUAAAGUUCAGGUGAAAGCUUCUUACAACAAUCCUGAAGGAAACCCCAGCAUGGAGAUUCAUGCUGUCAGAGCUCUUCUUCGUCUUUACCAGAAAAGUGUCACAUCAUGUCUGAACUACAAGAACCUUCAAGGAGCCUCUGGAAUCAGUCAUCAGCCAAAAAUCCUUGAAGACAAGCCAGAAAAGAGAUCAACCACUGAAGGAGGAGCCACAGGAGGAGACAGCACAGAGGAAAACUGUCCCAUCUGUUUUUCUCCGUUUACUGAUAAGGAAAGUCUGAGCUGCAAACACGAGUUUUGUAAGUUAUGCCUGCAGGAAGCAGAGAAGAGCAGUGGACCCAUCUGUCCUGUCUGCAGAAAAGUCUUUGGUAUCAUUCAGGGAGAUCAGCCGGAUGGAACCAUGACGUGGACAAAGAGUUCUGUUGAAGUUCCUGGUUUUCCACACUGUGGAACCAUCACCAUCACCUACAGUAUUCCAAGUGGAAGACAGACGGAAAAACAUCCCAAACCUGGACACUUCUAUACUGGUACAAGUAGAACAGCAUAUCUUCCAGACAACAAAGAGGGUAAUGAAGUCCUGAUGCUGUUGAAGAAAGCCUUUGAUCAGAAGCUGAUCUUCACCAUCGGGGCUUCAAGAACUACUGGCUGUGAAGACCAGGUGACCUGGAAUGACAUUCAUCAUAAAACAAGCUUGUAUGGAGGACCAGGCUGUUAUGGAUAUCCUGACCCGAACUACCUGAGCAGAGUGAGGGAGGAGCUAAAGGCCAAAGGCAUUGAGUGAAUGUGACGCCAGGAGAUUUCAUCAUUAAAUCAGAGUGAUUUUAAAGAAUUAUACAAAGAAAAAGAAAUGAACUUUUAAAGAUGAAUGUGUUUCAUUUUUUUUUCCAAUUUAAGGAAUCCUCUCAGAUAACGUUUGAUUGCUCCACAGUGCAAAUGAUUCAUAAGUUUUAAUGGAACAUAUACUGGUGAUUUGUUUUUCUUUCUUUUUUUGUGUGAUUGAACUUUAAAUGAAAAUACAUCUUGAUAAACCUUCAGUGAUCUGGUUUGAUGUUUGCCUAAUAAACUAUAAAGUGAA